UAUUUUAUAGUGUUUUUUGAUUUCUUAUUAUAAUUAAUACUUAUUACUCAAAAGAAGGCUAGUACAUACACAGUUUUAUGAUGUAGAAGUUAGUUUAGUUUUAUGAUGUAUAUAAAUGUAUGAAUCACUCAUUUAACUGCAAAUAUUGCAAGGCUAACAAAUCUGACAUUAACCACAGUGAUGCGUAGUCGUGUUGUUUGCCUAGAAUUAGUGAAUAUAUUUAGAUAAUGAAUCGCGACGAAUUAAUGAAAGGGGUAAGAGUCAUCAGGGGUUUGAGCAAACGACGCUCAUUACUCUUUGGCGCUUCUUCCGUACUUGUAAUGAGGGCCAGCGAUUACCGAGCUGACCAGCGAGGCGCGUACAUUGCGCAACGUCCACAGAAAUAAAUCUAGGAUAGGCUGCUGAGAAUGCGUGGACCGUUGCCUUCUAUUUCGCCGGUUCGCUUCCUCUUAUUCCCCCCCCUCCUCUUCCGCGUACCCCGCAACAUCUUCCGGCCAUUUUCAACGCGCGUCCUCCGCACCGCCAUAACGAUCAUGUCACGGGAAAGCCGUAGCUUGGCGAGCAGCGUCGAGCGGCCGGAUCGAUCGACCAACGCGACAAAGGUCUCGAAUUAACCCGGCAUUAAUAAUCCGCGUCCUCGAGACGCCAUGCCGCGUUCGACAGGCGAACAUCUACCAGGCGUCCAUCGCCGGGCGUCAAACGAGGAAAAGCCGCGUUACUACGCAUCAGCCGCAUGCGGCACAUUAGCUCUCGCAGACUGUCCACUCCUUGGCGUUUCGUCACUGGCGCCCUCAGCUGACGCGCAUCUUGGCGGCUUCACGUUGACGAUCUACGCUGUACAAUUCGAGCAUUCUGCGUGUCUGCCCGGUCUACGUCGGCAUCGAUGAGGAAUGACGCUAAACGCGACGCACGCUAGAUUUCUGCGUCGCGACGAAACGAUGGAAUGUACUCGCGCCAAUUUGCGCUUUGUACUUAUUACGCGAAACAGGCUUUUGCAAAUGUCUACCGUUGGUAGCACGCUUCGACGAUCCCACGCGCAGACACUCCACUCGCCGUGCGUCAUCACCGGGCGACUCAGCUGACGGAAAAUGGCCGACCUGCACUGACAGCUGAAGCGGAAACCCGGAUUCUCUCUGCAGAAACGCGAUACGGAAUGUAGCCGACAUCGUUUCAACGCCCGAUGCACGUAUCGCCGAUCUCUCGUAACAACGCUCUGCCGAAAUACGGCGUAUUUCACGAAAAAUUCGAUACAGUAUGGUAUGGGGGUAUCGGUGGGAAUGUCUAGCGAAGCGAGAAGCUUUGUCGAGCGGCCGGUCACUCGCGUCGUUUCGUCAUCGGCGUUCUCAGCUGACGGCAAAACAACUGCCCGAGCGUAUUUAUCGUCAACAGCUGAUUGCCGUCGCGACGAAUCCGCUGAAAAACCACACGCACUCUCGUCUAACCAUCGAGACUUAUCGAGAAAAGCGAUCAUGAAGCAUCUCGCGUCGAGUAUUCGAGCAAGAGGUACGGCACGUAAAGUCGGCGUCGCCUCGCCGAAACGCCGGGAACGCCAUGUACGCAAGCUCGUCGAUGCGGGAGGGGGGAUGCGGGGAAAAGGUCUUCUUGGCGAAAGAGGGGCGGAAACAGAGUGGAGCAUCUCGCCGAGCAAGCGCUCUUUGCCCAGGCUUCUAGCCUGCGAUUUUUUCCCGUUCCUCUCGUUGUCCGGGCGGUGGGCCAAUCGGAGUAAGUAGGUCAGCGCGAGCAGCCAAUCGGCGCUCGAGGCCGGGUCACGUGGGUUUGUUGUUAUCUAUCAGCUGUUUUUCCCGGACGGGCGGGCGGCCGGCCGGCGCAGUGAAAGCCGCUUUGGCAGUCUGUCCUCAGUCCCUCCCGGUCGCUCAGCUGUGCGUCACAUGUCGGGUAUCGCGAGUCCUUCUCCCGUACGGAUUACUGCGAAACGUACGACUCUAACCCGGCCAGGCCGCCGUUCAGCCCCGGAUUUCCGUCUAUCAUCGACGCACGUCAUCAGUCCUGUAUUAUUAUGCUGUCAGCCGUGUGCAAGCCAACGUAUCACCACGAAUCGAUCACGAAGUGCCUCGAAUAUGCGGACGGCGUGACGAACGCGGGCGACGGUGCACGCCGCUUUGUUGAUACGCUGAGUUCUGUGUUCAGGCCGCGGAGGCCGCCGCGUCUCUCCAGCGUCUAAAAAAAAGAUCGACGGAGUUACACCGCAAAAAUUUAAACUGCCACCGCCGGCGGCUGGUAUACGCCGGUGUGGUGAUAGGUGCGUACGAAAAGCCGGUCGGGUACGAUGACCCGAAGCGAGAUGAAAGAGGGAUAGAGCGGAUUGAACGAGCGAGAGAGCGAUAGAGCGACCCUUGGAAUUUAAUGCGGUGGAAUGACGCCGUUUAUCUGCAUUCAUCGAUGUCCUUUCGGGGGUGAGUGUCUCAACGAAUCGCCGAGUGUUAUCGAGCACGCUACUUGAGCGCGCGUGUUUAUUCUCGCACUUUGAAUUACGAACUUUUGCGUCGCGUGCGCGCUGCUGCGUCUCCGGCGUGAUUUAAACGUGACUGUGCAUCCGUUUGCGUCGUGAAUCCGCGCGUCUAACAGACUACGACCGCCAAAUUGAACAUUAUCGGAACAGUGCGUCCGCGUGUAUCGCGAGUGGACGAGAAGACGUGGAAAGGACCAAAGUGUAUCGCGUGAAUGUUUCGCAUCUCGUGCCGCGCGUCCACCGAGUGCCGCGCGCAACGAGACUCCGGUGCGAGAAAAGACGACCGGCUAGGACGAGCGAGUGAUCUUCCGCGCUGAACGCGGAGACAGGGAUCUCUAUCGAUCUGCGCAACCACGCACGUACACACACACCCACACACGCACACACACACACAUACACACAUACAGCGAGCACACCGACCGUGCGAUAUCGCGUCAUCGGCAGAAGCUGCGAAUAAUGUCGACGGGCAAGAGGCUGGCGAAGCGCAGCAUAAUCGGCACCAGGGUCUGCGCUCCCGGUGAGGACGGCAAGUAUUACAGCGGCGCCAUUUGCGCCGUCAAGACGCCGCAGACCGCCUCCGCCGAGUCGCCUGGUCAGAAGGGCAUCACGGCAAAGACUCUCUACUCCGUACGCUUCGACCCCGUGCAGGGCUCGCCGAGUUCCAGCAACGAGUACGCCGAUCACGAUUUGAUCGGUCCCGGCUUCCACUCCGUCACCAGCGCCCGACUGGUCCCCGGUCAGAAGGUGUAUCUAACGUACAACGGUAGGGAGAUUCACGCGGAGGUCACGGAACAUCGCCAACAUCUCGACGAGGUGGACGUGGUCAUUGCCCCGAACGGACAGGAGACAUUUAACCGCGGGCCGUACAAACAACGCUACAUGGACGGAAGUGUAGGAAGGAGGAAGCGCCGGCGGAUGCAUGAGUUUAGACGAGGAGCAAAGGGUACGAUGAGCCUAACCAAACGCAUCGACGAGAUCAGGUUGCUCGAAUCACGCAAGAGUGCCCGGCUGGCCGAUCAGGAUACGGAUUUCGCCAGACUCGCCGAUAUGGCUGGCGAUCGUAAACGGGCGUCCUCCCACUCUAUCGACGUGCCACAUGUGAUGGCAUCCAGGAAACGACGGCCAAGCUCGAACAAUGAUUCCGAACGGAUGUACAGCGGUUGGGGCGAGAGGGUACUCUGCGGACGUGAGGGUUGUCGCACCAACGAACGCGGUGAUUGCAUGGACGAAUGCGCUGCCGCCCUGGUCCUUAUGUCGCUCUCGUGCUCACCUCACAGUCCUCACAACCCCCCGCCACUUCACUGCCAAUACAAUUAUGCUGGUUCCUGGGGGAGUCGUGGAGGCGUAAGCGGCGGCAUGGUCGCCGGUUCACCAGGAAUCGGCGGCAUGUCGAACAGCAGCAGCAGCAGCGGGGGUGCUUCCUGGGGGCGAAGCGCUACUCCCAGUCCUCCUCUUAGCGAAGAGGGUGUACCGACAGGGAGUCCCCCGUGUCCAGCGACGUCGCACCCCUCGCACAAUCAACCGCACUACCCCUAUAACGCGUCCGGCUCGUCGUCGAGCAGCACUCCGGGCUCGACCACGUUAGACGAGGGAAUAGUACCCGACUACAUUGAGGAGCAGCACCCACGUAAAAAGAUUCGAGCGAAAGUCAGCCAGGACCCGAUCGAGACAGAACCAGGCGCUUGCGCGACUUUCGAAAGCGAACAGGCAAAUGCAGCAGUGGUCUUUAAGUGCAAUUGGCCAGGCUGCUUGGAAAUUAAAGCGACCGUUGCACUUAUUGAGGAACAUGUACGCCAGUUACAUCUGGGUCCAAAGAAGUCCAAGGAAUGCGACAGCGAGGAGGACGAUAUGUCCGUUCACGAGGAGGAAUUCUAUUACCAAGAAGUUGCUGUGGAUCACAUGAGCUCGCCUCCCACAAUGUCUCACCGGGAUAUGGCGAGACCGCCGCACGAGGAUCCCGAGUAUCAAAAGCAGCUUCGCCUCGAAGCGACUCCUGCCACGAGUAACUACAUCGAGAAUGUAAUGGUCGGUGUCAGAGAACCGAGCACGUUUACGAUCUCACAGUCGCCGGGUACGCCCAACAAGCACAUCAAACUAUCCCCACGGCCAUUGCAGGCGUGCCACCAACAGAACAUGACGUCGUCCACGGGUAAACCGUCCUCUCCGCGGCGAACUCGCAGCGACGUUAAAAAGUGUCGCAAGAUCUACGGUAUGGAUGCACGCGAUCUCUGGUGCACUCAGUGCAGGUGGAAGAAGGCCUGCACCCGUUUCUGCAGCGAAUAGGCCAAGCGUCCGCCCCGUUCGUACGUCCGUGGGCGGAAACCCUUGUCAAGUCGACCCCAGAGUUUGCCAAUGCUACGUUGAACAUUUAACACCAACUGCCAAAUGCCAAUUAUCGACGAAACGGCUCCCACGUUCGGAGCGCGAGAGCGCGAAACCGCGAGAAUAAAACUUGUCGCCGGUUGUAGCGAAUGGGUUGCUGUAUGGAUUAUUCCCGUCAUGUAUAACCUCUCAUGAAAAAAAGCAACAAACAGAAAGCAAAAUCUCAUGAAAGCAGCGCAUUACUUCCUCUUCUUUCCUGUCGUCAUGCAAAACGAUUAUUCAUACGCAGACGACAGACACGAGUUUCGAAAGGAAACGUUUUGUCCAAUGACGAUUGACUGGUGGUUCUAAUAUUUAUGCAUAAUGCAACACUCUCCCCGGUCUGGUACUCACAGAGGAAGCUUAUGAUGGAAGAAUGAUUUCCGCUCGUGUUUUGCGCUUGGCAAACUCCGACCGGGUCCCUUGGCCGUAAACAAGGAACACUUCGAUUAGUAGGUAGCGAAUAAUUGGGCGCGCGGAGCGAGGUGAUCUUAGACUGUUGCAUUCAUCGUAUUCACGGGUGAAAACGUGAAACACAGCCUCGCUCCCAAUUCGCCUGACAAACAGAACCUUUUGGUUCGGCACGUACGCGAUACGCAUCUGCACUCGGAGCGAGCAUGCAUGCUCUUCGAGGUGCUGGUUCCCGAACCGUCUCUUAGGUCAUUGCAAUAGAUCUUCCUUCUUCCGCCAGCGGAGCGCGAACGUGACGCGUUUUCGGUCAACGACGGAACGUUAAGGAGCGUUUACGUCCAACCCAGGGAACGCCGUCUGUCCGAUCCCGGGGAACGAAUGACCGAAUCUAACCGGCGGAAGAAAGACCGGCCGAUUGAUGUUCAAUGCUAAACGAACGUAGGCAAGUAAGUUGGAAAGUCUCGCGUGGAACAGAGCUGCUAAAUGUGAUAUUGUAUCUAAAAUUUAUCGGAUCUAUCGCGGAUCGAGCGGGAGAGCGCAAAGGUAGACGAGGGCGCGAAGGAAUAAGGAAACAAAAAAAAAGAGAGAGAAACCAAAAUUUUAUACACCAAUUAUACUGCCAGAUAAAUAAUUCAAAAAUUGUUGUUCAAGCCUCUCUCGCGCGUUAGAGAGGCAUUAUAUGUUGCACGGCAUGCGUCGCCGUAUACCGGGCUUAGUCUUGUUAGCCUUCUGACGACCUAAGACCGUAUUCGCCAACACGCGUGAAUGGGGUAGGCUACGCAGUUGAAUCGAUCGAUUUAUUAGGAUUUAGCGAAGGUCUCGCUCUAGAUGACACACACGAAUACACAUACAACAUAUAUAUAUGUAUACAUAUAUAUAUAUAUAUAUAUAUAUAUAUAUAUAUAUAUAUAUACACAUUUCGUGCGCGAAAAGAACGAUGACAUCACAUUUAUAUAGUCUACAUCAUUUCUUAUACUCCUUUCUCGCUUUGGGCCAUUCGCGAGACGAUUUGAACCGAUUAUUACGAAAUACCGAUUAUUUUGAUCUCGAUAAUAUUUCUAAUGUAGUGAUAAUGAACGAACAUUUGCAAAUUUUAUAUGUUGACCGAUUUCACGAAACAAUCUUCACAGAUAAGCGACGUGUUCAAUGUCGCUUGAGAGUUCCUCGUUUCUCACUGCAGCUAUAUUGAAUUAUGACGUCAAAAUAAAAAAUAUAUAUAUGAAUGAAAAAAUUAUAUAUAU